ACCACAAAACUGUUUCCUGUAUGUGUUCUUAAAGGAAGAGAAAGAUAACUUUUUAACUUUUUGUUUAGAAACAUUAAACAGGGAUUUUUUUAUAUUAACAAAACUUCAAAACCUAAUGGGAAAAGUGACCUGUCUUCUCCUGGUGUGUCUGCAGGCCAUACUGUCCAAUUGUCAGUCAAAGGAGAAUGAUUAUCUGCGUUUUGUUGCCAUUGGAGACUGGGGAGGGUCACCAGACUCCCCAUUCUUCACACCCCUUGAGAAAGCUGUAGCUGCUGAAAUGGGGAGAGUAGCUCAAACUGUGGGCUUGGACUUUGUCCUCAGUCUCGGAGAUCACUUUUACUACCAAGGUGUGAAGGACAUUGAUGAUUUCCGUUUUAAGGCUACAUUUGAGAAUGUGUUUGCUGACCCUUCCCUUCUUAGCGUACCUUGGUAUCUGGUGGCAGGAAAUCAUGAUCACUUGAGAAAUGUGACAGCUCAGGUUGCUUAUUCCAAGAGAUCCAAAAGAUGGAAUUUUCCUGAGCUCUACUAUGACUUGUACUUCAAGGUUCCCCACAGCAACACAUCUGUCACUAUCCUACUGAUCGACACAGUACUACUCUGUGGUAACACCUAUGAUGGGAUACAGCCCGAGAAACCUGAAAAUCAUGAGGCUGCUGCAAAGCAAUUCAUAUGGAUUAAGGAAAAACUGGAGAAAUCCAAGUCUGAGUUCCUUAUUGUGGCUGGUCACUAUCCUGUGUGGUCAAUAGGACACCAUGGUCCGACACAAUGCCUGGUGGAGCAGUUGAGACCUCUGCUGAAGAAACACAAUGUAACAGCCUACCUCAGUGGCCAUGAUCACAGCCUGCAGUUUAUCCAGGAAGAUAAUGGUAUGGCAUACAUUGUCAGUGGAAGUGGGAAUUUCGUUGAUAUGUCAAUCUACCACAAGAACAAGUUUCCUCACGCUUGGCAGCUAUUCUCCAGUGCUGUAAACAACACAUUUGGGGGAUUUGCCUACUUCACAGUCACAAAAGAAAAAAUGUUCAUCAAUUACAUUUCAGCAGCUGGAGAAGGGGUGUACCAAACAUCUCUGUCAAAGCGCAGCGCCGAAUGGACUGUAUAAACUGGGCAAAGACUGAUCGGUUCUUCCUACCUUGAUUUUUAAUUUUAUGAUCAACCAAACAACGUAUGGAACCUUUUAUUUUCUCUGUAUAGCAAUAUAUAAACUUUUUCUUAGCUAAAAAAAAUCUUCACGUGGGCUUUUUAUUGAAAUGCUGAAAAUCAAAAGUGUUAAAGUUUUACCCGACCCCACGCUACCAUGACGGUUUAAUUCAUUUUGAAAGUGUUUGCAAAA